AUUCCGAUUGAUAUCGUGAACGAUGCUCAGAAGCUUCUGGACGAUUUGGGAAAAAGUGUUGAGGAAAUGAGAUAUCAGGCGCCACCACAAAGCCAACCACCUGCACGUCAUCUCACUUUCCUUCAACGUACUCUGGGCGGAUCAAGCGCCCCAAAAAGCAGUUCGCUUCAUCAAGAACAGCAGCAAUACGAGAGAGACACCAGAAGUAUGCCUGCAUCGAAAUUUUGGCCUCUGGCAAAAAGCUCCUAUCCAAUAUUGCACGAAAUCGCCCGAAAAGUUCAUGCGAUUCAAGCUUCGGAAGCAGAUGUAGAAAGAUCUUUUUCAAUCAUAAAAAACUUGUACACACCAAAUCGUCAGAGCCUGGACUUAAAAAUGCUGGAAAAGUUGAUGAUUUUCAAAGAAAAAGAUCGAUUCGACACAGGCGAGACUUGA